AUGGUGAACCUCGCUGACGCGCAGAAGGUGUUUACGCUGGUGAUGUCGCUGAGCAAGCAGAAGCAGUUCGUAGAGUUCUUCCAAAAAGCAGGUCUGCUGGCAACCCUUCUUGAGGCGACAGUCAAGGCCGGCACCAGCGGCGCAACGUUCCUCGUGCCGUCCCCCGACGCGCUGCAGUCACUGCCGCCCGCAUCGCCUUACAUCAAUAACCCGUUGCUCGCGCGCGCCACGCUCCGAUACCACAUGAUCCUCGGAAACAAGUUUGACUACACGAAGCUUGUCGAGUUCUCGGCCAAUAGAAAGUUCGCGACGCUCGCGAAGAGGCCCGUGUUCAAGUCGGACGAGAGCGCGUUUUUCACGGUCGUGUUUCGGUCGGGCAGCGGGCGCUCCAAGUCAACGAUGGUCGCGCCCAACCUCGCCAAUACCACGUCGUUCCAACUGCACCUCGUCGACUCGCUCCUCAUCCCCGAUGACGUCUCUCCGCCUCCGCCCACGCCGGUUACCGCCUCUCCCCCGCCUCCUGUAGUUACACCGUCGCCUCCCCCCGCUGUUACCGCGUCGCCUCCCCCCGCUACUACCGCUUCUCCCCCGCCCCCCACGGGCGGGGUGGCGUCCCCGCCUCCCCCCGUCUAA